CAAUACAAAUAGAUACGCUAAUUUCACUUAUUUCCCUGGUUUUGUGUAAGUCUUAUACCUAGUUUGGAGGGUAAACACAUACCAAUUGACAACACUGAUAAACAAUUGAAGAGCGCAAAACGCCGCAAAGAAUGCCGUAGUCCCCUUGAAUAAGUGCUGGUAAGAGGUGGGUUUACGAUUGUUGUGAUGAAAGUGCCCCAGCGUCUAUGGGUACAAGUGGUGUGCAGAUUUAGCACAGGAAAUGGGAAGUUUGUUGACACAAGCGACUCCGUAAACAUCAAGAUGGCGUCAAUCUUCGAAACAUUUUUAGUUGUUGUCAGGAAGACCUUAGCAGUAAGGUGAAAAUGGAGUCGUUAUCUGCUCAGUAUAACGGCAUCAUCCAGUGUUUGCUGGUAUGCAGUGAGCCAGUGGAAAAGAAAUUUUAUGAGUUUGUGGACUGUGAGGAGUCAGAUAUCAUCAGGGUUAAAAAGUUAGAGGCUGAAGUUGUUCGUCUUCAGGAAGAGUUAUUAAAGUCUCAGAAGGACAUCAAGAAUCUUGAACUGAAGCUGAAAAAUGCCAGACUUCUACUUGACCAAGAGAAACAGGAGAGAAUCUUUGUUGAAAGGGAAAAAAAUGACAUGGCUGGACAAAUUGGCCUAGUCAUGGAUCUUCUAGGUAAAGGGCAGGUGAAUGAAACACGGGAGAAGCUACAACAGUUGCAGCACUCUUUUACCCACAUUGGUCCCAACCAGCGUCGCAGCACAAGAGAGGGUUCUGCUGUUCCCCUCUCUACUAUUACAGAAAAUCAUGACUCACUAGAGUCAGUGCUGAGCAUAUCAGAUAUUGACAUCACAGAAGAUGACCUAGAAGAAUCACGAACGAGAUCUGGACGAAAUUUCAAAAGAAAGUCUUCUCCAGAACGUCUUGAUGAUUCUGGGCGAAAACGUCGUAGUAGAAAGAGCGACGAAAAGAAUUAUGGCAGGAAGAGUGGUGAAGAAAAGAAAAUACAUGAAGUCAAGACACAAGUGACAACAUAUUAUACAACUGGAGAUGAUGUCAAGAAAUUUUGUACAGAGAUUGAAGUUAAGCCUUCUGGUGUUCCUGCUUCAUCAGAUGAGAACAGGAACUCGGUUGUCUCCGGACGCCCACCUUUGCCAUCCACUCCACACAUCCCCCACAAUCAGCAGUCUGCUUAUUCACCUCGCUUACUACACUCUCGAAUGACACCCCAAGGUAACAAUCAAGGCUGUGUCACCCCAUCUCACACUCCUCACACACCUAUAAUGCGCAACUUUUCUGCUAGUAAACUGAAUGCAAGACCCCAUGCCUUCCAAAAUAAAACUGUAUACAAAGCAGAAAUAUGCCAGCCAUGUGGAAAACGCAUGAAAUUUGGUAAGAUUGCCUUAAAGUGUCGUGAUUGUCGAGCAACAUGUCAUCCAGAUUGCCGUGAAUCUGUUCCUCUUCCUUGCAUUCCUGUUGCUACUACACCAAAUGCUAAAGGCCACCAGGGUACUAUUGCUGAUUUUGCUCCUCUAAUUCCCCCUAUGGUUCCUGCUCUUGUCGUUCAUUGCUGUAAUGAAGUCGAGAACCGUGGACUGAACGAAGUUGGGAUUUACCGUGUUUCAGGGUCAGAGAAAGAAGUGAAAGAGCUUAAGGAGCGAUUCCUACGAGGUAAAGGACUACCUAACCUUUCACAGUUUGAUAUACAUGCAGUUUGUGGUUGUCUGAAAGUCUUCUUGAGAUCCUUAAAAGAGCCACUUAUUACCCAUCUCCUUUGGAAUGAUUUUGUUUCCGCUUCUGAAAGAGCAGACGAAGAUGCAUCAGCAGCUAUGUACCAGGCUAUAUCGGAAUUGCCUCAGCCUAACCGAGAUACUUUAGCAUGGAUUGUUAUUCAUCUUCAGAGAGUUGCUGAGUGUACCGAGUGCAAAAUGCCAACCUCAAACCUAGCUAAGAUGUUUGGACCUACCAUUGUAGGGUAUUCUGUUCCAGAACCCCCACCAGCUAUUAUGGUUAAAGAAACACAUCCUCAGCAGUUGGUGAUGGAGAAGUUACUUGAAAUUUCAACUGAUUACUGGAGUACUUUCAUCAAUGUGUCAGAGGAAAAUAUGUAUGACAACUUCCAAUCAAAGAAUGUGAUGAGUGGUGGUAUACUGGGUGAUCUUCACACUGGAAAUGCGAAAAGAAGGCGCUCCAUUCUUUCCCGUACUCCCCUGCAGAUUAGGGAUACUCCCAAGUCGCAUAAUCAGUGGCGGAAGUAGGGCAGACAAGAUGGCUCCUUCAAAGUAUGUCGGCAACUGUUACCACAAAGGUUUAAACAGGUAUACUGAGUACUCUAAUCAUACAUUUGAUUCAGUUCAGAAGUAUUGUAGGUUUUACAUUCUUUGAUUUCUGAUUGUGAUAUUGAUUCCUGCAGAAAUGCAUAACUGGUUUAUGUUGAAAAAAUGGAUUAUAUAUAGCUAUAACAAAAGUUUUUGUACCAGGAAAUUAUUUUUGUAUGCAAGUAGGUGUAUGAGCGGUUGGUGCCAAUGUUAAUGUUAUAUUUAAGAUAACUGUGAAUAUAAAAUUAUUUUUUAUUUUAACCAGUCAUAAUCUGUGAGUCACUGAAUUUGGUGUUGUUAUAACUAAAAUUCAAAUGCCUGAUUUCAUUUAACUGAGUUAUAUAUUUAUACUUUACUUAUGAACAGCCACAACUUCUAUAUCUGAUACUGCAUUGUAAAGUGUUGGUGCUGAGUUUUUAUGUAAUUUUUUCUGUAUACAAUCUCCAUUUUGUAUAUUUAGUAGUAAGAAAUCACAAUACAUAUGCUGUUUAUGACCUUGUUUAUAUUAACAAUCACUUUUUAAUCUUUUGUAUUUACCCAGAAUAAAAUUAAAUUUAGAA